AUGUCAGCCCAGCAACAAAAGAUCCGAAGGAUAGUCUGGACGGGUGCAAUUGCAUCGGUGACAGCUACUGGAGCGUGGUACGGUGUGGGCCUGAAGACGAGAUCUGAAAUCAAACAGAAAGUGGAAAAGCAACGCGAGGCAACACCCGCAGAGAAGAUCGCACAGCUCGAGGAACAACGUGGCGGGUUGGUCGCAAAGAGGAUAGGCUUAGAAAGGAAGAUCAGGGAGUUGGAGAUGAGAGCCAAUGGCGCGACACGAGAGGAGAGUAUGCAGGGACGAGAGAGAAGACGCUGA